AUGCAUCACCCAACGAGGCGCCGAGGACCUCGGAGCAACAACCACUUUAUUAAACCAGAUCCCGACUCCUCUGCCAAUAACUCCUACCCAGAAUCAGCAGCCUCCAAUUUCGGCGCGCCUCCUGCUCCUUCAGCUGCGUCCAGCUACGGCGGUAGUACCACCCACAUUCCUCCUGACCAGGCCUUUUACAGGCAUGGUAGAUCGGAUGCCCCGACUCCAAGUGAACGCACCACUGAGCCAGAGCCUCUCUUGAGGGAACUGAGAAUGCGACCUAACGCUGCGGCUGAGAGCCCGACCAGCAUUCCAGCAGAUGGAAGCUUCUUUCAAACUUCUUUUCAGGAUAUUGGGAAGAAAUUAAAGGCAUGCAAUGAUACUUUGGGUGAACUCCAACAGCUGGGGGUAUCUCACGAUGUUCCACUCCCUGAACUCGUGCUCGUUGGCGAUCAGUCUGCCGGCAAAUCCAGUCUCAUGUCAGGUCUUGCCAACCUAGAGCUUCCACGAAGCGAGGGUACCUGCACACGCUGCCCCCUUCACAUUCGAGUCUCACGAAGUCAUGACCCAUCUUGUCGGGUAUGGCUACGCAAGGAAUAUUCUUAUCAGCCCCCGCUUAGUGGUCGGAUUUCUGAAAGCGACGUCACAAACAACGAUCCCUUCUUCCCCUGGCGCAAACAGGUGACUACCAUUCAUGAGUUCAAGACCAUGGUCGAUCAUGGCGAGAUCGAGGAUGUUCUUCGUUGGGCUCAGAUUGCCAUCCUAAAUGACGACAAGAGUCCCGAGCUAUUCGUCCCAGGUUCUGGCUCUAUCGCUGUCAACACUCCCAUCGAGACGGCUUCUGAAACUGUUGCGGCCAAGUUCUCGCCCAACAUUGUUGCUCUUGAGAUCAAGGGACCUGAACUCCCGGACCUUUCCUUCUACGACAUGCCUGGAAUUUUCCAGAACCCUGCCGACGCGAGCGACGACUAUUUGGUCAGUGUUGUGAGGAACCUAUCAAAGGAAUACAUCCUGCACCCAUCUGCCAUCAUCAUGUGUUCUAUGCCUAUGAAUAGCGACGCCGAAAACUCGUCGACCUUUGGUUUAGUUCGCAGACUGGGCGCCCUCAACCGGACAAUUGGUGUUUUAACGAAGGCCGACCUAAUUCCAGAGGGUGGCAACCAUGAACAGUGGCUUGCCAUCAUGAGAGGGCAGGCUCAUAUCACUGGCUUAGGCUACUUCAUAACUUCCCGACCUCAAGGGAAAGAUCUAGAUGAACUCAAACAAUGGGAAGAGCUUGUUUUUGUCGAACAUUCUAUGGAGCGAUGGCCUGCUACCUUCCACGACUUCUCUGACCGCUGUGGAGUUGAGAAGCUAAAAGUAUUUUUGUCCGAAAAGCUCGGUCAAGAAUUUGCAAAGAGUCUACCUCGAAUUAAACAAACGCUCAGACAGCACCUGGAUAACAUUGUCGAACAUCUUAGCAAGCUGCCAGAGUUGCCUUCCAAUGUCGAGUUGGAAGUCCAGACCAGCGUGAUGGAGUUUGGCGAAUUAGCCCGAUCGCAGUUGAAGCCUUCCGAAUUCUCGAAGUACUUCGUGCCGCUGCCUGAAAAUUUCCGUGACUGUCUUCUGGAAAUGAAACCAAAGUUUACACUCAAAGAUAGCAGUGACGUCCCCGUCGUCGAUAUUUCUGACGACGAGUCAGAUACAGGAUCGGUGGUCACAGUUACAAAUCCAAAUACGCCUAGCAAACGACGCGCGAUGGCCCCUCCGAUCACGCCUUCAAAACGUAUGCGUAUGGACCAAGUUCCCGCGGGCACCCCAUCUCGUCCGUCACUGAAGCCCGAGGAUAGCAGAGCCAGUGUGAGCUCUGUCUCCCCCGCCCCACGCCGGCAAGGGUUCCCAGCCCCGUUUACACCUUUCAGUAACGUUGGGAGAGGGUUCAGAACACUUCGCCAAGUGCGAGAUGAGAUCAAGGCCAAGACUAGAGCUGGUGUUCCAGACAUUAUCACAGAGGAGGUGUACAACGACAUGUGUCGUGAAGCAAUCGAGCCUUGGUCAGGUCCAAUGAAAGCGUUUCUCGAGCAUGUUAUGAGCCUGCUGCACGAUAUGCUUGAGAAAGCCCUGGCGGCUUCUUUCGCUCGACUAAACAAACGGCUGAUUUAUCAGGAGUGCCAAAAGAUCUUGGCAGACUAUCUCGAAGACCGCCGCCGCGAGACCAUUGGGGCACUCGACGUUGUGUACCGCCUUGAAACAUAUGGUUUGUUCACUGUCAACCAGGAAGCUUUCCGCAGAUACCAGAAGGACGAGCAAAUCUUGCUGACGAGAUAUCGCCACCAGAUGCGCAUGCAGGCUGCGGGAUAUGGAGAUGGCCGCCCACCUGUCCCCUGGGAUAGUCUCACGGAGGAGAAGAGGGUACUCGAUGAAAAGCGACGUGAAAAUGAGAUGACCAAGCUUGGACCGGAUUCAUUCGAGCGGGAGCUGGAGGUUGUAGCUUACGUUAGAGGGUACUACCGCCUUGCAGCGUUAAGGUUCGCGGAUGCGAUAGCGUUACAUAUCACGAAUGGCAUGAUACCACACAUACAACGACAACUCCCCUACCAUCUCGACCGAAAACUAGGCCUUUGUGGGGCUGACUCCCAAAGUAUCUACCAGAGGCUUAUGGAGGAGGACCCGAACACGGCAGCCAAACGAGGGGCGCUCAGGGGAGAACGUGAGAAGUUCGUCAGGGCUCUCGACAGUAUAGAGGAGUUGGAACGCGGAGCUGGAAGCAGCACAAUGUCGGAAGAGGAUCUUGACGACCACAUGGUUGAUGUCCCCCUUAUGAGCGGUGCUCUUCCAGUCGAGGAGGUCUGA